CAAACAAUUAUUUAACUAUUAAAUUUUUAAAUAAUAAACACGUGAGCAUACAUGAUACUAUACACGUAGGAUAAAAAAUGAUAUGUAGGAUGACAUGUAGACAUGUGUGUCUAUUUGUUCAACUUUAUAUAAGUUUAAGUGUUUACUUGUGCACGCUGAAAGUUGAAUGAGAUAAAAGUGAUUCGAAACCAAAUUAAAGGUUAUAUUUAUGUAUUAUGCUAAUUUAAAUCGAAUUCAUAUAGUCGAUCCCAACUAGCAUGGCGUAGUUGUUGUUGCAGUGUACUGGUGUAUAUAUAUGUGCUUAGAAAUGAAUUUUCAAGAUUUUUUUAUGGGAAUGCAUAGUACCUGUUUGAUAAAAUGUCUCAGUGAAAAAGUUUGAUAGUGAAUUUCAAGAAUGACAGUAGAUAAAUCAAGAAGCUCAAUUUGGAGCAGAGAGCAAGAUAUAGAAUUUGAGAAUGCAUUAGCAACUUAUCCUGAGGAUUGUGUAGAUAGGUGGGAGAAAAUUGCAGCUGAUGUUCAAGGGAAAACCUUACAAGAGGUUAAGAAUCAUUACGAAAUUUUACUCGAUGAUGUGAGUCGAAUCGAGUCUGGUUAUGUUCCUUUGCCUUGGUACAACUCUACUUUUGACAGGUCUUUGUGCAAUGAUGUUGGUGGUGAAAGAAUUGGCAAGAAGAGUGGGGUUUCAGGGAGGCUAAAUAGUGAGUCAAAUGAUGGAGGUAAAUCUACUAAAUUGGAGCAGGACCGGCGUAAAGGGGUUGCUUGGACGGAGGAUGAGCACAGAUUGUUCCUUCUUGGACUGGAAAAAUAUGGGAAAGGUGAUUGGAGAAGUAUCUCUCGAAACUUUGUUGUGACAAGAACUCCUACACAAGUGGCCAGUCAUGCCCAAAAAUAUUUCAUACGUUUAAACUCGAUGAACAAGGACAGAAGACGAACAAGUAUACAUGACAUUACUAGUGUUAAUAACGGAGAUGUCUCCGUACCUCGAGUUCCAAUCACUGGCCAAACAAUUGGUUCUUCUGGCAAAUCCAACAAACUAUCUCCAACAGCACCAAUUGCUCCCAUUGGAGUUGGUAUAUAUGGAGCAACCACCAUCGGACAACCAGUAACAGGACCAAUGGUUAACGUAGUUGAUCAGAGGCAGAUUCAGGAUUUGGACAUUAUGGGUUCAAGUUUGGGAUAUUACUACGACCAACCUUGACUUUUCUGGUACAUCUAGUAACUUUUCAACACAGAUAUAGAAUUCGAGCCCAAAGCUACUAUUGGCUUUGGAUGAAACCACAAGUUCAACACUACAUCCACCUCUGCAGUUGGUACAAUAGUGAAUCUUUCUCCUCCGACAUACAAGUCAUUCGGUGUCCAACCUCCAAUACAAGAAGCAAUGCUUGCUGGUGCACCUACAAACACGAGCCCGGUGAUGUUUCUGAUGGAACACACAUCUACACAUUAGUGACAUUUUUUAGAAACAAUAAGUGUACAAAGGCAAACUGAAGAGUCUUCUUCAAUGGUGCAUGAAUUAUUACUAUUUCUCAAUGUCACAUAAGCAUUCACUCAGGACUUUGAUCCAGUGGUAAGACCAAUAUAAUAUUAGAUUAUCUUAUAUUGAAUCUUUACGACGUAGGAGUAAAGUUGUGUACACACCAUCCUCUCCAAAUUUCACUUGUGAGAUUUACACUGGAUAUGUCCUUGUUGUUGUAAUAAUAUUGAGUCUUUCGUCUUU